AUGCGGCCUGAUGACGAAACUGCAGAGACAGCACCUGAGCCUGACGAUGAACAGGAACCACCCCUGGACUGUGGCAAGUCUGUCAACUUCACACACUAUGACCACCUGGUGGGGGUAUCAAACAGGCAAAGGCACCCAGCGCUGGUGCCCGAGCCGCAUGCUGGCCUUGUAUUCCGGCGUCGGGGAGACAGAGCCAGCGAUACCAUCGAUCUGGACGUGUUGGAGAAAAAGCUACGGCGCUCCAAACGAGAGAAACCCAAGUCGUUGCAGCUGUACAACCAGAUCGGCAACUUUUGGCGUGUGAAAGGUGACGCGUCCAAAGCCAUCGAGUGCUUCCGACGCUCGCUCGCGGUGUCUCCAAAUAACGCUGAGGUGCUGUUGAACUUGGCCCGGGUCUUGUUCAACCUGCAGUACCUGGAUGACGCCAUCUUCCUCACGCGCCGAUCGCUGGAGGUGCAGCCUCCCGAUCAGAACGCGUGGCUGCAGCACUUCACCCUGGGGGAGAUACUGAAGGUGAGGGAUGGCUGUAGCACUUCACCGUGGGGGAGAUACUGA